CUUUACAAGUAUUUAAGUUAAGGCAUGAUGUUUAAAGUUCAAUGUUAAGUGUUUAUUGUUAAUGAUGAUGUGUAUAUAUCACAUUGAGAUGAGAUUUUAUUAGAUAAGAUAAUAUAGAACUUUUGCAUUUAUCAAAUUAUGAUUACAUCUACUAAGAUGAAACACUAUAUUUAGAUGCAAAUAUUAUAGAACGUAUUAAGAUGUCUAAAGCUGUAGUCAGUGUAGAUAAAGAGAGUAUAAAGAAAAAUUGUGAAUAUAUUAUAAGUGAAAUCGACGCUCUGGAACUUGUGGACUUUUUAGUUGAAAAUAAAGCUAUAACAUUGAAUGAUAGACAACGUAUUGUAGCUAAUCAAUCAAAGAUUAAAAGGAAUAUAGAUCUUAUCGAUUUAAUAUUGAACGACACUACUGAAAACGCCUUGCAUUUUUUCUUGCAAUCGUUAAAACUAAAAAGCAAACAUGUCCUGGAUAGACUACAAAAAACUGAUUCUCACGAUCAGGCUACAUCAGGUGCAGCUGCAGGUGGCUUGGGUGUGUUGAACCUUGGUGCAGCUGCAGGUGUCUUACGUCCGAUGAGCCUAGCUAUGAGUGCACUGGUAACAGCCAUAAGUGGUGUAAGAUCGUCACCAGUGAGUGACCAAGCACCAGAAACAGAAAAACAACAAAGGAUAGAGAACGAGUUACGACAAGAACUUGGUCAAGCAAGAAAUGCAAUACGUAUUCUUAAAGAAGGGAUAGAUAAAGCAAUGAAUGAGACACGUAUUCUUAAAGAAGAGAGAGAUAAAGCAAUGAAUGAGACACGUAUUCUUAAAGAAGAGAGAGAUAAAGCAAUGAAUGAGACACGUAUUCUUAAAGAAGAGAGAGAUAAAGCAAUGAAUGAGAUACGUAUUCUUAAAGAAGAGAGAGUACAAGAACGGGCAGUUACAAUAGAAAAACAGAGACAAGAAAAGGAGCUACAAGAUAAAUUGGUAAAAGAACAUGAAGAUGUAAUAGAAAAAAUAAGACAAGAAAACAAACAAUUACAUGAUAAAUUGGUAAAAGAACAUGAAGAUGCAAUAGAAAAACUAAGACAAGAAAAUAAACAAUUACUUGAUAAAUUGGCCAACCUUUCGACAUUUCAAAUUAAAGAAAAGUAUAGAUGGCCUGAAAAAGAAACAAUGGAAGAUCCCAGAAGAGAUGUUGAAUAUUCUAAAGAGAGAUUACCUCUUGGACAAAAUGAUAAUACAUCAAGCCACCAGAAAUGUGUUCCUGUAAAAGAUUUUUUGUUGACACAUCUACCUCCGUGUUAUCAAGAUGUUGAAAUGUUGAGCCUAAUUAAGUCUCUAGCUGAUAUAUCAGUUAAAAUUGAAGUUAAAGAUGUGGACUAUAAAAGAAAACAGUUUUGGGAUUAUUCAGCUCAAGCAUUAAUGUUACAUUCAAAGCCGAUUGAUACAAAGACAGUGCCAGGAGUUAGCUACAGUGAAGUGAAAAGUGCAUCAUUCAUGAAGCCAGGCAGCUCUUCAACGUUGAUAGAUAGCCAAAUGGAUGUGAACACUUCUGACAUCACUUCUUCAUCUCAUUUGUUGGGAAGUGGUAAAGUUGAUGAUGUAUUUAUUCGUACAGAAGCAGACUACGGUCCAUGUCCAUGUCAUAAAAAAUGUCAAGAAUGGGGAGAAAUACGAGUGUUGACGUCUGCUAAGUUAAUGUACGACGACGAUGACGCCAAACAUUUCGUCUGCACAUUUUUUUAUGACGACGAUGAACGAAUGGACCAAUUGAAAUCUGCCCGAGGUGACAGAAUAGUCCUGAGAGAUUUAAAGAAAGAUGUUUGUAUGUUUCUCUGUGUGACUUGUGAUGUCGGGCUUGUAAGAACACUUGAAGGAAUGUUGGACAAGUUUGAACAAAGUUGGGAAAACGCUUUUGACAAAUACGCCAACACUGUGAAGUGGGAAAAUGAAAGACUUACAGUCAUAGUUUUUCAUCCUAACGGAUUAAGAAAACACAUUUCACUUGGUAAAUCUUUGACUCCUAAUGUGGAGAGCUCUGAGAAAAUAAUAGAAUAUGAUAAUCCAAUCUUUAAAGGUAGUAAAGGGGCUUAUGUUUUGAUUCCAGAUUUCAAUGUGAAUGAUGAGGUUUGAACAGUAGGAUACAAGCAACCACUUUUUUAUUCUAUUAUCAUAUUUUUCAUCGUCAUCAUUUCUUUGCAUUCCUCAUGAAACAUAGAGCAUUGGGCCUCAGUAAAAACACACCAAUCUCACGGUCUCUUACUAGUAUUUAAUGGCUUCCCAGCUCUUUCCUGUCCUCUCAGCUUUAUCUAGUAUACUGCUUCGCCACGUUCUUUUUGGUCUUCCUCUACGUCUUGUUCUCUGAGGUUUCCAGUUCCACUCUAAGACCUGUCUAACUCUGUUGUUGGUAUCUUUCUAAGGGUGAGAACAAUGUUACAUUUUCACUCCAGUGGAAAAAAAAAGUACAAUUGUAUGAUAUGAAUAUAAGGAAAAUAUGUCGAAUAGAUAUUUUAAUUUUUACAUUCAAGAAACAUUUUUUUGCCUUAAAGGGUAUGGCUUCAAUGUAUUGUGACGUUUUUAUGAGCUAAUCUAUACGUUUUAAUGGUUGCUAAUAAUGAACAUUUCUAAACCCAUAACUAAGUUUAUGCAUUUGAUCCUAUCACUUCUUAAAUGUUUGAAAAAUGAAAAAUUAUUUAAAACUAAUUUUUUAUUUUAAUCUCUGGAUGGUCAAUUCUUAUGAAUACAACCUUUAUUUAUUGCUAAAAAUAUUGUUUAUAGUCAGUGGGCCAUUUUUUUUUUCAUUCUCUACCGAUGCCUCUUUGGAAAUAUUAAGAUUUAAAAAAUAUUUAUGAACUAAGAGCACUACAUGGCAUUUCUAUUUUUUCAUGUAUAUAUAUAUAUAUAUAUAUAUAUAUAUAUAUAUAUAUAUAUAUAUAUAUAUAUAUAUAUAUAUAUAUAUAUAUAUAUAUAUAUAUAUAUUGUCAACCAAGGGCAAAAACCAAGGUUAGGAAGCUACUCGUCAGGGAACUCCUGUAUGCUGAUGAUGCAGCUAUUGUGGCUGAUUCUGAUAUUCAGCUACAGUCCAUGGUUGACAAACUAUCUGCUGCUUGCCAGAAGUUCGGCUUAAACAUCAGUCAAAGCAAGACUAAGAUACUUGUCCAAAACACAAACACUGCACCUCAAGUAAGCAUUAAUGGCCAACCAAUAGAAAUUAUUGAUCACUUUUGUUACCUUGGCUCCAUCAUAUCCAACAACACUCUACUGGAUAAAGACAUAAACAACAGGAUAGCCAAGGCAAUGGCCACCAUGUCACGGUUGCAGAAAAGAGUCUGGGACAACAUAUUGCUGACUAACAGUACUAAAGCCCUAGUCUACCGGACCUGUGUGUUGAGCACCUUGCUGUACGGAAGUGAAACAUGGUCAACCUACUCAUGGCAGGAAAAAAAGCUGAAUGUCUUCCACCUCCGAUGCCUAAGGCGGAUCUUUAAAAUAAGGUGGCAAGAUAAGAUAACCAAUGAGGAAGUGCUACAUAGAGCAGGAUGCAAGGACAUCCGCUCUGUUAUCAGCAGCAGACGCCUUGGCUGGCUUGGCCACGUUCGUAGAAUGCCAGUAGGUCGACUUCCACAGGACACCCUGUAUGGCGAUCUAAUAGAAGGCAGGAGAGCCGCUGGUCGCCCACUUUUACGUUAUACGGAUGUAUGCAAACGCGACAUGAAGCUCUUCAAAAUCGACACUGGCAACUGGGAAGAGGUGGCACUGGACAGAUCCACAUGGAGAGAGAGCAUAAAGGAAGGGUCACAGAUUGCAGAUGUCAUACACAAAAGAAGCAGAAAGAAGGGUGAAAAUGCAACGGCGCCUGAUGAUUAUAUAUGCCCAACCUGCGAUCGCAGCUGUGUAUCAAGGAUUGGCCUCUUUAGUCACACAAGAAGUUGCAAAGGGAAAAGAUCGUCUCUCGAGACGUAAAAUGCCACAGAUAUAUAUAUAUAUAUAUAUAUAUAUAUAUAUAUAUAUAUAUAUAUAUAUAUAUAUAUAUAUAUAUAUAUAUAUAUAUAUAUAUAUAUAUAUAUAUAUAUCCACCUUCGUGGUUGUAGAUGAGCACAUUUCUCAUUUCCUAUUGACUCUAUAAUGGCUUAAUAGUCCAAUCCUCGCUUUAAAAAUCCGGCCGCAUAUGCGGCAUGGGUGGGUUAGGUCAGCUGCAGAUAGGCCUGCUUCUUCUCUCAGCUUUUUGUUGGUUCGGCGCUCUUUUGCCACUCUUCUUGCUUCAAAUGUUGAGACUACGAGACCCACAGCUUCAGGUCAUGAGGAGCGAUCGAGAGCUAGUGCUUCCCAGCCGUUGAUGUCGAUAUCGCAUUCCUUGAAGGAGCUCUUGAGAGUGUCUUUAUAGCGCUUGUAUUGACCUCCCUGGGAGCUCUUUCCUGCACACAACUCCCCCUACAGAAGUCCCUCGUGAAGGCGAUUGUCUGAUCAUUUCAUCUGUUACAUUUCAAUCACAUCCUUUACUAAACAGUAUUUAUAUUUUAGUCAGCGAGUCAGAUUUUUUUUUCUCAAUAUUUUUGUACUUAUUGAAUACAUUUCAUGUCAUUAUUAUUAUAUCAUAAACUAUGAUUUGUAUUUAUUUCGCGUUAACAGCUUUAACUUUUUCUCUACAUCUAGCAAGUCAUUAUACCUUAGAUAAAAUAUUUGUAUUUUAUAUUAUUUUGCGAAUGUGACUAGCAAUUAAAAGAGAGAGAGAGAGAAAGAGAGAGAGGGAGGAAGUGAAAGACAAGGAGCAAUGGAAGACUGGGCAUUUUGCUUUUUUUUUUUUUUUUUUUUUUUUUUUACAAAGCUUAUAUCAACUCAAUCUAUCCAGUAAAACGAUUAUACACCAAAAUCUCGGAUCCAGCUGAAAUUGUGCACAAUUAUUUAUUUUACCAGACAACACAUAGAAUCAAGAAAAAAAUUUAAUCAAUGA